AUGCCACCACCACCUCCUCCCCCGCCGCCGCCGCCGCCGCCGGGAGGUUUGGGUGGCCCUCCCCCGCCGCCCCCUCCAGGAAGUCUCCCAGGUAGACCUCCUAAAGGACAGGCUAAAGACCGGGGCGCACUUCUUUCUGAUAUCCAUAAGGGCACCAAGCUGAAGAAAGCCGUUACCAAUGAUCGAUCAGCACCUGUAAUCGGAAGCUCAGGAGGCGUCUCAGCAGCGCCUCCUGUCGCGAGUGCGCCGCCUGUUCCUGGCGCGAGGCCGCCUCCAAGCGGGCUUGCUCCGCCUGUACCAUCCGGUCCAGCCGCGAAUCGAUUACGAAGUAACAGCGAAGGAGUUUCUGGGACAGAUGGUGCAGCCAGUGCAAUGCCACCUCAAUUAGGGGGGGCUAUUUGCUGGUGGGAUGCCCAAGUUACGCAGUCGUGGAGGUGUCGAUACAGCUCCGAAGCCUCCAGCAGCUCCCAAGCCUCCUGGAGCCAGGCCGCCUCCCCGUCCCUCAUCAACCGAUUCACCGCCUGCGCCGCCGGUCAAUCAUUUGGUUGCCGGCUUGAAGAAGCCUCCCCCGAGACCUGCUUCACGACCCUCUACAGUUCCACCGCCAGCUACAAAGGCCCCCGAAGCGCCGCCUCCACGAGCGCCUCCUCCACCUCCAGCACCAGGGAAGUUACCACCACCGCCUGCAUCGAGAAAACCGUCCGGACCCCCGCCACCUCCCCCAUCAGCCCCCGCGACUCGGGCACCUCCUCCCCCCGCCGGCUGCUUCUAGAUCGACACCACCCCCUCCCCCAUCAGUAG